ACAAGUCGUUACUUAAAAAGUUUUCGAAAUUCUCAUUUCUUAUUCAAAAUUCAUAUUUUCUAAAUUCCACGCAAAACAAAAAAUUAAAAUAAAAAAAAAUGAAACUGGCUUUUGAUCAUCAAGAAAGAAUUCGCCUCAUAAUGAACCAAAUUGAAACUGAAUUGUCCAACGUUAAGAAAAUUCCUGAAAAACAAAACAAAGUUAGCAAAAAUUCUAGCAUUAACAGCACUAAAUCCAGUGAACCUAAUGCAAAAGAUAUCGAACUUAGCAAUGCUUACAGACAACGUGCAAUCAAAGCUCACAAGCAGAAUAAAAUCUUCACAGUUCAUGGCAACUAUACAUCUGUUCGCAAAGCCCUAAUUCGUCGUGGAUGGGUUGAAAAACUAUCCCCAGGAAGAUUACAAAAGCUCGAAAAUCUAUCAUUUAUGAGACUUGUUAAGGGUGCACGAAAAGGCAAUGAUUUUGAAGUUGCAAUGCUUUCGAAAAUUGUACAGCCCUUUCAAGCUAAUUUCAUUUGGCAACCAAAAUAUUUUAAAGAUCAAUAUUCAGCAGUGAAUCCCUUGAGAAAUAGAGUUCGUCGGGCAAGGUGUUUGGAUUUUUCAACAAAGGUUGGACUCAUUGGAUGUUUUGAGAAUUCUCACUGGAAUACAAUUGAGAAUGUUGCUGAAACAACUUGUUUGCCUUCUUAUAAGCUUAGUACUAAAGAGGAUGAAUUGUGUUUUCUUCAAGACUUUCGACUAACUCAGUGUAUCAGUGUUUUGGUGUUUCUAAUUGAAUCCAUUAAGCCAAAGAAUUUAUUCGAAAAGAAUGGAGAACUUCCAUUGAGUGUUCUUGAGUUUCCAACAAAUGUAGUUAAAGAUUUCUGUAAGUCACAGGAGGCUGACUUUUUGGAAACUCCUGAACAGAUAGAUGACUUUUCCAAAUGGGAAGUCUUUACUGCAAACGCACAGCUUUUUAUGCAAAAGGAUCAGAAAAUUAAUUGCUCUGAAGAGGAAUGUUCGAAAAUACUGAACAAAAUUGAAGAAACUGUUAAAAAAGUUAAAAAAUAUAAGCCGUUUCUGCAUUCAUAUGGGUCUAAGAAUCUAUGGAUCCUUAAACCUGGUUUCCAAUGCCGCGGUCAGGGAAUUGUCAUUAUGUGUAAUUUCUACAAUAUAGUCAACUAUGCUGCUUCAAGACCCAAGUCAAAUUAUAUCGUUCAGAAAUAUAUCGAAAAACCUUUGCUUAUUUAUAAAACUAAAUUCGAUAUACGCCAAUAUAUGGUUGUGGCCAUUUUUGACCGAAUCUCAAUUUGGAUGUACAAAGACUGUUAUUUGCGUUUUAGUUCCCGUGAAUUCAGCUUAGGCGAUUUAAGGGAAGCCAUUCAUAUAACCAAUAACAGCAUUCAGAAAAAGUACAAAAACGGAGAACGAGAUUCGAGACUCCCAUUGCAUAACAUGUGGCAUUUAUCUGAAUUCAAGUCAUAUCUUUCCGAACAACAUCAAAGUGAAGCUUGGGAUGACAAAAUCUAUCCUGGAUUUAAGAAAACCCUUAUAGCGAUUGUGUUGGCAAGUUUAGAAGAAACAGAAUUUACAAAGAAUUCUUUCGAAUUAUAUGGAUGUGAUUUUAUGUUGGACGAGAAACUUGAUCCAUUUUUGAUAGAAAUUAAUUCUACACCUGAUUUGUCUCCUUCUACAACUGUAACAGCAAAAAUAUGUCCAGCUACUUUGGAGGAUCUUAUGAAAGUAGUUGUUGAUCAUCCAAAAAAUCCAAAAACAUCGACUGGGAAUUUUGAAUUGGUUUAUCAAAUUGAUUGUCCAAGGAAACAUCAAAACCCAACGGAUAUGGUAGUUGUUGGUCAAACAAAGAUAUUGCAUAUUCCCCCGGUGAUUCAAAGCAAAAAGUCGAAAAUAAAGAAAUUUCUAAAAAGAAAGGUACUCAGGAAACGAAGCCAGAAUAUGAAAGCUAAAUAAAGUGCAGUGAACUUUUUGACCUUA